AUGGGAAACUUGAUGGUUGCUGCUGAUUUACACCACUUCCGGGCAUCAUGUUACGUCCAAUCUGCUUGGAGGGAGUCUGAUGUUGAUUUUGUUGUUGAAUUUGAGGUUCGGAUGGUUGUUGGGGAGGUGGUGGUUGCUGCGAUUGUUGCUGCUGCUUUUGCUGAGGAUGAUGUUGCAUUGAUUGCGAAUGCUGUAUCUGUUGAAUUUGUUGAG